GUGGGAAGCAGCGUCCCGCAGAGCCUGAGCCGCCUGCCCCCGCACACGCUGCCCGAGGAGCCGGGGCGCUCGGCCCUGCACAAGCAGAGCAAGGGCAGGAGGAUGGCCAGCCCCCAAACCACACGGCUCUCCUGGGAGAUCACUUGGCUUGCAGUUGUCGUUUGUACCCAUUUACAGAUAAAAGCAGAGCAGGUGCAAGAUGCAUACUUCUUGCCUGAGUUUGCACUUUCUCCACAGGGGAGUUUUCUUGAAGAUACAACAGGAGAACAAUUCCUCAUUUACCGCUAUGAUGAUCAGACCUCCAGAAUUGCACGUUCUGAUGAAGAUAAAGAAGGGGCCUGGGAUGCGUGGGGAGCAUGGAGCGAUUGCUCGCGGACUUGUGGAGGGGGAGCAUCAUAUUCUCUAAGGAGAUGUUUAAAUGGCAGGAAUUGUGAAGGUCGGAAUAUUCGAUACAAAACCUGCAGCAAUAACGACUGCCCUUCAGAUGUUGGUGACUUCAGAGCACAACAGUGUUCAGCCUACAAUGAUGUCAAGUACCAAGGACACUUUUAUGAGUGGCUUCCUGUGUUUAAUGAUCCCAGUGCACCAUGUGCCUUAAAGUGUCAAGCUUUGGGGAAAAAAUUGGUUGUGGAGCUUGCCCCUAAAGUACUAGAUGGUACUCGCUGUAAUGUUGAAUCCCUGGAUAUGUGUAUCAGUGGAAUAUGUCAGGCAGUAGGCUGUGAUCGACAACUUGGGAGUAAUGCCAAGGAAGACAACUGUGGAAUCUGUGCAGGAGAUGGUUCAACAUGCAGGCUUGUGAGGGGACAAGCUAAGGCACAUGUUUCACCAGAAAAAAGGGAAGAAAUUGUGAUUGCUAUACCUCACGGGAGCCGCAGUGUGAGACUUACACUGAAAGGACCAGCACACCUUGUUAUUGAGUCAAAGACACUGCAGGGAGACCAGGGAGAACACAGCUUUAAUGUCCCUGGAAUAUUUGUCAUAGAAAACACAACUGUUGAAUUUCAGAAGAGUUCGGAUAGAGAAACUAUAAAGAUUCAAGGACCUCUGGGAGCAGAUUUCAUGAUCAAGACCAGGUAUACUGCCCCAAAAGACAGCGUGGUUCAAUUCUUUUUCUAUCAACCCAUAAGUCAUCAAUGGCGACAGACCGAGUUCUUCCCGUGUACUGUAACAUGUGGAGGAGGUUAUCAGCUUAACUCCGCUGAAUGUGUGGAUAUUCGUUUGAAGCGAGUUGUUCCUGAUCACUACUGUCACUACUACCCAGAAAAUAAGAAACCAAAGCCUAAACUAAAGGAAUGCAACAUGGAUCCCUGUCCUUCUAGUGAUGGAUUUAAAGAAAUCAUGCCCUAUGAUCACUUCCAGCCUCUUCCUCGCUGGGAGCAUAAUCCUUGGACUGCAUGUUCUGUUUCCUGUGGAGGUGGAAUUCAGCGGAGGAGCUUUGUUUGUGUAGAGGAGACCAUACAUGGAGAGAUACUGCAAGUAGAGGAAUGGAAAUGCAUGUAUGCCCCCAAGCCCAAGGUCAUGCAAACCUGUAAUCUGUUUGAUUGUCCUAAGUGGGUAGCUAUGGAAUGGUCUCAGUGCACAGUGACCUGUGGCCGAGGCUUACGUUACCGAGUGGUAUUGUGUAUUGACCACCGUGGCCAGCAUGUCGGGGGCUGUAAUCCACAACUUAAGCUGCACAUAAAAGAAGAGUGCAUCGUGCCAGUACCGUGCUGCAAACCAAAAGAAAAAAUUCCUGUAGAAGCUAAACUACCUUGGUUCAAACAAGCACAAGAAAUAGAAGAGACCAGAACAGCAUCAGAAGAACCAAUGUUUAUUCCAGAACCCUGGUCUCCAUGCAGUACUACCUGUGGUCAUGGCAUUCAGGUGCGAGAUGUGAAGUGUCGUGUUCUUCUCACAUUUACUCAGACUGAAAUGGAUCUGCCUGAUGAGGAAUGUGAAGACCCCAAACCGGCAACAGAACGAAUAUGCCACCAGCCAUCUUGUGACAGUGAUCCUGUCCCAUACGACCCAGAAUUUUCACGUGCAGAAGAUAGCAGUUUGAUUUAUGAUUGGGAAUACAUUGGUUUUACUCCAUGUUCGGCCACAUGUGUUGGAGGGACACAAGAAGCCAUUGCAGUGUGCCUGCAUGUGCACACAAAACAAGCUGUCAACGACACCCUGUGUGACAACGCCAUGCGACCACCAGCAAUGACUCGCACUUGCAACAUGAAACUGUGUCCACCACGGUGGGAAACUGGCCCUUGGAGACGGUGUUCUGCUACUUGUGGAGUUGGGAUACAGACAAGAGAUGUGUACUGCCAGCAACCUGAGGGCUCCAUUGUCACUAAUGAAAACUGCAAAGAUGAAAAGCCUCAUGCUUUACAAGCGUGUAACCAGAUUGACUGCCCCCCUGCUUGGCAUGUUGAAGAAUGGCAGCAGUGUUCCCGUACCUGUGGCGGAGGGACUCAGAGUCGCACUGUUCACUGUAAGCAGUUGUUGACAGAUGGAACCUUUCUGAAACUCUCUGAUGAGAUCUGCCAGGAGCCUAGAGUGUCUGCUCAUAAACUGUGUGCCAAGGUUGAUUGUCCCCCUCAGCUAGUUAUAGGGGAAUGGUCCAAGUGCUCGCUAAGCUGUGGUGUUGGAAUCCAGAGAAGGAAACUUGCCUGCCAAAAGCUAACUGCAAAGGGCCAAAAUGUCACAUUAAAUGUAUCCAUGUGUAGCAGGCUCCCUGCUUCCUCACUUGUAAGGUCCUGUCAUGUGAAUGACUGUAACAAGAUUAAACAAGAAAUUAAACCCAGGCGUCCAGAGAAACAUGCUGCCCACGGACCGCAGAUUGUCAGUAUACACCGAGUGUACAUACAGACACGGCAAGAGAAACGCAUUAAUUUUACCAUUGGAAGCCGAGCCUAUCUGCUUCCAAAAACAUCCGUUGUAAUUAAGUGCCCAGUACGAAGGUUUCAAAAGUCACUUAUCCAAUGGGAGAAAGAUGGACAACAUUUACAAAACUCUAAAAGACUUGGCAUCACUAAGUCGGGAUCACUGAAAAUACAUAGCCUUGGGGCUACAGAUAUCGGAGUGUACAAGUGUAUUGCAGGCUCUGUGCAUAAAACAUUUGUUCUCAAACUUAUUGGCACUGACAACCGGCUAAUAGAACCUCCAACUUUUAGAAAACAUGCAAGUGAGACUAGUGGUACAGAUCAUAAUGAAGCCAACAGCUUUGGAGCCAAAUGGCAUAAAAUGAGCAAAAUGUGGCAAAUAUGGAGUAAAAAGAAUGAGCUGUAUCUCAGUGAUGGACAAGUUAAUGAUCAACCAUUUCUGAGAAAUUUUGAAACCCAUGUGAGUAAUUCAGCAGAAGAAUACAGCCCUCAUGUGUUCAAGAACAAACGUCUGGAGGCAGCAAUUCUUCAAGGUGCUUACAGCAUGGAUACUGUACAGUUUGAAGAACUGAUAAGGAACAUGAGUCAACUCAUUGAAGCUGGAGAGGUCAGUGAUGAUUUGGCAUCCCAAGUCAUAUAUCAAUUAGUUGCUGAAUUAUCUAGACCACUACAAGUUACUACUGAAAAAUGGAAAGGCUUGCAUGAAGAAAAGUUAGCCUCGAAGCUCACUGGUAAAUCACCAAACGUAUCUGAACGUUUCAACACAAAAACACUAGGCAAGAUGAUGUUCAGUCAAAAAGGACCUGGUAUUAAAAGGCAAAAACAAGUUCCCAGAAUUUCCUUUAAUAAAACAAUAACUGCACGAAUUGGAAAUACAGUUUUUCUGACCAAAAAUACUAGCACUGUCAAUUUACUGUGUGAAACUACAGACAUUAGUGAGCCAAAAUAUACUUGGACAAAAGAUGGAGAAGCAUUAAAAUCUUCUGAGAAAGUGGUUUUGGAUGUCACUGGAAAAGUACAGAUUCUCAAUCCUACCCAAAAGGAACUUGGAGUGUAUGGAUGCAUGGUGGUCAAUGACUUUGGUUCUGAUAUGGAAACUUCUUCACUGUUGUAUGCAGAGACUCCUGUCAUUUUGUCCCCUGGAAUAAAUGUCUCAAAUCUGGAAGGUAGUAAUCUCUCUGUAACUGUUGGAGGUGUAAUAAUGGCAAGAGUUGGAGCAAACAUUACAGUUGAAUGUCCAGUGACAGGUGUUCCCCAACCGAAAGUAACUUGGCUUAAGAAGAAAGAAUCUCUACGAAACAAUUCUUUCUUGCUUUUGAAUGGGUCCUUAUUUCUGCAGAAUGUUUCAUUUGAAAAUGCAGGAACAUAUACCUGCACAGCAACCAGUGCUCUUGGAAAAGCAGUAGCCACAUCUGUCCUUCACUUAUUCGAACAAAAGUUUCCAGAGACUAACACUGUAUCAACAAAAGGUAGCAGGAGGAAGCGUGUCCUGGUGGCAUCUGGAAUUGGUACAAAUAUUAGUGUGAUACGUGGUGAUCUGCUAAGGAUAGGUUGUCCAGUGCAUCCUAAUCAUGGAAACAUGAUUCGUUGGUUCUUCAGAAAUCGUCCCGUUGAGGAAGUUAACGACUUGGUAUAUAGAGCCUUGGUUGGGGGACGUAUCCUAGAGGUGAACACUGUGUCUGGUCAAUUUGCUGGACAAUACAGAUGUCAGACUUCAACUACUGUAAAACCAUUGUCUGUUUGGGUAAAUGUCAAGAAGGAAGACUAUAAAUGGGAAUAUGCUGAGUGGAGUCCUUGCUCUGCUACCUGUGGGAAUUCAGGAACCCACUUCAGAAGGCUGCAGUGUGUGAAUUCCGAAGAACAAAAAGUGAAUGAAUCAUUAUGUGAAGACCAUCAGAAGCCGGUGGUUAGUUAUCAGUCCUGCAACAUACAUGACUGCCCUGCCAGAUGGGUAACUAGUCCAUGGUCUGAGUGCUCUGCUUCUUGUGGUAAUGGAUUUCGCCGACGACAAGUAACUUGUCAACAAGCAAAAGCAAAUGGCACUACAUUGAUGUUGUCACCAGAUGCCUGUGUCAACAAGGAUAGUCCACUGGGAAAGAAAAUGUGCACAGUUCAUUCAUGUACAGAGUGGAUGAUUCAGUCGUGGGGACAGUGUUCUGGUCGCUGUGUAGGCCAUGCUGUGGGUUUACAGCACCGUCACAUUAUAUGUCAACAUCGCAAUGGAUCUCUUGUUCCAGACUCUUAUUGUGCUGAAAGAAAAAGAUCAGCUGUCAGAAGAAACUGUUCUUCAGAGAUGUGUGAUGUGUAUUGGCGGACAGGUCCAUGGAGGCCCUGCAGCGUAGACUGUGGAAGUGGAUUCCAGUCACGACGAGUAAACUGUGUGCACAGGAAGAAUAAUAAACCUGUGGCUGAUCAGUACUGUGGGUGGAGGAAGAGACCAGUGACCUGGCAACAUUGCAGUGUCACUUCCUGUGGCAAAGGCGAAUGCAAGGAUACAACUCACUACUGUACAUUUGUAAAACAUCUAAAGUUAUGCUUAAUAGACCUCUACAAACAAAGGUGUUGUCAGUCAUGUCAAGAAGUGUAAUUCUUCUGUGGAAGUUCAUGAGGCUGCAGUGAAGAGAUGAGAAAACAGGUUCAUUAAAUCUAGACUGUUCAAAGAAUAUACUUGUAAAUAAGACAGUAGGCAUAAUAGUUAAAUGGAUACAUGGGACUGAUGAAAAAUAGCAUUGUAGGUUGAUAUGCUUGGAGGAAAUUUUGCUGGAAGCAUACAUUGGCCACUUUACUGCAACGGAACUUUAAUGUUUUAAACAUUUUCAUGUCUGGAUUAAGAGGAGAAUAUCAUGGCACAUCAUCUGUAGAAUUUCACAGGUCAUCAUAGUACAAUUUUAUUGGGGAAAAAGAACAUUAUCUAAAAAGGACCAGGUAAUGCUUACUUCCCUUUACUUAUAAGAAAGUCUAAGUCACAAAAUCCUUUGAAGAAUUUUGGAAUGCAGCAACUGAUGUCACUUUUUAUUUUCAUUGUAUUAUCAAAUUUAACAGGAUAUUUAAAUUUAUAGAAGCGGUGGCUUGUAGCUAUAAAGUUUUUGGCAGUGAUUACAUUUUCAUAAACAGCCUGAGCUUAAACUAUGAAUAAGGUUCAAUCUCCCAGGACAGUAUUAUUGCGAUUAGCUGUCGACUGGAUACACAGCAGUACAUUUCAUUUUUCCUUCCUGUAUUUAUGUAUAUGCAUUGUAGAUGCUGUUAUGAUUUUCAAAACAGCAAUGGAUGUGUUUUUGAAUAAAUGAGGUGUCGUUUUCCUUUGCUCCUAUUCUUGUAUUCCAGUCUCACUGAAAUAUGAUCAAAGUUGAGGCAUGAUUAAUCUUCUCUACUGAUUUUAAAUUAGACUCAAGACUUCCUUAUACGAGCUGUGAAUGAAGUAUCACUGUUCUCUUGCACAUAGUCAAAUGGGGAACUAAAGCCACAUGUGCCUGUCCAACUCUUUCCCUUCAAUAAAUAUUUUAUAUUUUCCAGUCAUGGAAAAAAGUAAAAGGAAAGAGUUGUUAAAUAUGAAGAUAAAUGUGUAAGAAAUCAAUCAGGGCCGCCCAGAGGAUUCAGGGGGCCUGUGGCAAAGCGGGGAAGCUGCGGCACUUGUACUCACCCGGCGGCGGUCUGGGUCUUCGGCGGCAUUUUGGCGGUGGGAGGGCCUUCAGUUGCUCCGUGUCUUUGGCAGCACUGAGGGUCCUCCCGCCGCUGAAAUGCCACUGAAGACCUGAGCGACUGAAGGUCCCCCUGCUGCCAAAAUGCUUCCGAAGACCUGGACUGCUGCUGGGCCAGGGCUCGUGGGGCCCCUGAGGGGCCCGGGGCCUGGGGCAAAAUUGCCCCACUUCCUCCCCCCGCUCUGGGCGGCCUUGAAAUCAAUUUCCUUCAAGUUGAUUUUUCAUCAUGACCAUUAUCCAUUCAAGUCUUUUGUGUGUGAGUAAAUUCUGACCAUGACAUCCUUAAGUAAAUCUUUUUCUGGAUGGAAAAUUAUAUGCCUGAUAGAGCUCAACAUUUUGCUUUACCCCAGAGAAACCUGCACAGGGCUGAAGAUGGCAUUUUUUUUUCUUUUGCAGCUUCCAACUGUUGCACAAAUUGGAAGCCUGAAUGCAUAUCUUGAAUUGGACCCUGCAUUAGUAGAUUACUAGACUGCAUUGAAUUGUGAUUAGUAGGCAUGCUGUAAGAACAAUUUUAGAAACAGUAUCCCUAUACCACGGGUUUGCAUCACUGAAACUUAGACUAGCACUACUGUGUAGAAAGUGUUCAAAGUGGGCAGUUGUGUCCUUGCUGAUUGCAAAGGGAGGAUAUUCCUGGUCAUUACCUUUUUAAUCAAUAAUGGGUCUUGAUUGCUUAAGUAGUUUUUUAAAUUAAAAGAAAACACUUGUAAAAUACUUUUGUAUAUAUUUAUUGUCUGAUUUUAAAGUGCAAUAUUUUGUUUUGUACAGUGUGUAAUAAAGAUUUGGGGACAUAUAUUUUUCUUAUUACCAAAAUUUCUUAUUCAUGUUUUUUCUUUGUAUUUAAAGUUUUUAAAUGUUAACACAUAGCACUGCUUUGCUGCUUUUAUUUUAUUUUUGGUUAAGUAUGCAUGCUAUUUGGAGGCAGUGCUGUAAAUGAUUGUUAUUGCAAUUGGCAUGACAUUCCUCUAGGUUAUUUUUACUGUUACUCCAGUAACCAAAGAUGGCUAAUAUUUAUCUUCCAUUGAUAUUUCUGAAAUAAACUCUACUUUAGUUAUUCAUCUGCAUUAUUACACAGAGAUUGUUUAUUAAGGUCAUUUUCAUAGAAGCUACGUGGCUGUCACCAGUGUUACGUUACCAUUCUGUUCCUUCCCUAUUUUUAACUUCUCAAAAAUAGCAAUAUUUCUCUCAUUUUGCUGGUUUCUAGACCAGAUCUUCAGCCCCACUACACUGCUCUAGAGAUGUGAUGCAGAUGUAAAACUGCCUUACAUAGGUAGGAGACUCUUCCAGUACCAAAAAACUCUUGUGAGCAGCUCUAUAAUACAUUCUCACUUUUUCUCUCAUUCACACCUUGUAACUCCUGGCGUAUGGAACGUGUCUAGGGGGUAGAGGGGAGGAGAUAGCCAAAAUGCUGCUGUGCGCUAGCAAUCCCAGCUGCUAAAACAGCUUCUUGGACGCCAGUGCAGAUGGCUGUGAAUUAGAACACAUCUGAGGCUGCUGUAAAUUGCACUGAGCACUGAACUGGUUCCAGAAUCAGGAUUG